AUGGCUCCACUCACCUCCCCGCCGGACUGUGUCCGCUGUUCCCGUCUCACUGCGAGGAUCGCCGAACUAGAGGAUCGAAUAUCCAAUCUGUACAUGAUCCAAGAGGCCGAGCAGUUUUUGGACACCUUCAUUCUUGGUUCAGUCCACACCGACCCCACCGCUGAUUCUGUUCCUCCUCAGGUCACCGAGCCUGCUGCCCCCGCUGUUGGCCCUGCGGUUGUCGUGGACUCUCUGCCGGCUGAGGAGCCCAAUAACUCCUGGAUCCGCCUCGGGGCUAGACCUAAGUUGAUCCCGGCCAGCUCUACCCCGUCUCAUCAAGCUCCUUGGAUCCGGAUCGGAGAUGGUACACGGGGAGGGAGGCGUUCCUCCCGUGUACCACCGAGCCGUGUCAUCAAGCUGCAGAAUAAAUAUGACGUCCUUCGUGACUUUCCAUCAUUCCUGGCUGAGGAGCUCCCAGCCCACUGUCAUAAUAAUUCACCCCGUCUCUCCUCCAGCCAAACCCCAGCGCCCGACCCGCCGCUCAUUGCCACAGUUCACACCAGCACCAAAAAGAGUGCCUGUCUCCUGCUCAGUCCACCCGUCUCCAUCCCUGCCGCCAUCACGAAAACAUAUCUCCCAGUCUAA